GAUAAAAUUGUAUCCGACUAAGAAUAAAAUGCAAUAUAAUUAAUAUUAUUAAUGACAAAUUAAAUAGAUUAAUUUGAACAAAUUGAUUAGUUAUAUUUAAUAUAUUCAUCAAUAUAUUCAUUUGAUCGUGUCACGUUAAUGUUUCACAUUUAAUGAAACGAAGGGAUUUUAAUUUAUAAACUUUUAGAAUAUAAUAAAGUUUUAAGAAAAUAACUAUUCAUGUACUGUAUAUAUCUUUCGUGCAAUCUUACAUUCGUAUUACGUUUUAUUGAUCAUUAAUAGUUUGUAUACGAUCACAUACAGACACAUUUAGGUUAUAUGUUUACAGUAUCAGAAUGUUUGUGUCAAAAGUUAUACGUAAUACUGUCAAUAAAAAUAAUAUUUUUUAUCGUAAUUUAAAAGAAAGACGAAAAUUAUAUUCUUGUUCUACGGAUAAAGUUACAAUUAAUUCUGCUAUUUCAUCGAAUAUUUUGCAAUAUUCUAGCGACAGUCCCUCAAAGUGUUGGAAUUGUAAUUUUGCAUAUAAAUCGGAUUUAUUUUGUUCACAAUGUAAGACUCUUCAAGAAAUGCCAGAGAAUUUGAAUUAUUUCGACAUUCUUGGUAUCAAACUGAAUUAUAAUGUUAACAAUGAAGAAAUUCAUGAAAAAUACAGACAGUUGCAAAAAAUGUUGCAUCCUGAUAAAUUUGGCAAUAAAAUGGAGAGAGAAAAGCAAAUUUCAGAAGCAUUAUCCUCUUUAUUAAAUAAAGCAUAUAGUACGCUAACGCAUCCAUUGAAAAGGGGAUUAUAUAUGCUUCAAUUAAAAGGUAUAACAAUUCCUGAAGGAACCACAAGUAUGAAUCCUGAAUUUUUAAUGGAAAUAAUGGAAAGAAAUGAGGAAGUAGAAUCAGCUUCGAAUGAUAAAGAAAAAGUCAUUCGAUUAAUGGAAGAAAACAAAAUAAUAUUGCAAAAACUUUCCAGGAAAGUAGCAGAUGCUUUUUUUAAUAAUAACACGGAACAAGCAAAAGAAUUUCUUAUGAAAAUGAAAUAUUAUACCAGUAUUGAAAAUAGAUUAAAAGCACUUAAACAAGAUAUAGGUAUUGUAGAUUAAAUUUACUUAAAUAUACAUGCCAAAUAUGUAAUUUAUGAUGCAUAUGUGUGUAUAUAUAUAUAUAUG